AUGUUGGAUCCGUCUUCCAGCGAGGAGGAAGGAGAUGAGAUACUGGAGGUGGAGCGUAAAGAGGUGGCGGCCCCGAAGAGCCUCGGAGGAGCCCGACUGUCACCGAGCCGAGCCGCCGAUGGCCACGGAGGUGUCCAGCCCCGGGGCCGCGGGAGCGGCGGCGGCGGCGGCGGCCGACCCUCCAGCCCAAGCCCGUCGGUGGGCAGUGACAAGGAGAAGGAGGACCUGGAGAAGAUGCAGAGGGAGGAGGAGGAGAGGAAAAAGAGACUCCAGCUGUAUGUGUUUGUGAUGCGCUGCAUUGCCUAUCCGUUCAACGCCAAACAGCCCACUGACAUGGCCAGGAGGCAGCAGAAGAUCAGUAAGCAGCAACUGCAGACAGUCAAAGAUCGCUUCCAGGCAUUCCUCAAUGGAGAAACUCAGAUUGUGGCUGAUGAGGCCUUCAUCAAUGCUGUGCAGAGCUACUAUGAGGUCUUCCUGAAAAGUGACCGUGUGUGCCGGAUGGUGCAGAGUGGUGGAUGCUCGGCCAGUGACUCUCGAGAGGUUUUUAAGAAGCACAUAGAGAAGCGGGUACGUAGCCUACCUGAAAUCGACGGCCUGAGCAAGGAGACGGUGUUGAGCUCCUGGAUGGCCAAGUUUGAUACUAUCUACCGAGGUGAAGAAGACCCCAGGAAACAUCAGCAGAGAAUGACAGCCAGUGCUGCCUCAGAGCUCAUCCUCAGCAAGGACCAGCUGUAUGAGAUGUUCCAACAGAUCCUGGGCAUAAAGAAGUUUGAGCACCAGCUCCUCUAUAAUGCCUGCCAGCUGGACAACCCAGAUGAGCAGGCAGCUCAGAUCAGAAGAGAGCUGGACGGACGACUGCAAAUGGCAGACCAGAUCGCUCGGCAUGGUGGCAGGUUUCCUCGGUUCCCCUCCAGAGAAAUGGAGGCAAUGUACAUCGAGGAGCUGCGAUCAUCUGUCAACCUGCUGAUGGCAAACCUGGAGAGCAUGCCAGUGUCGAAAGGAGGAGAGUUCAAACUGCAGAAGCUAAAACGAGGUCACAACACUUCUAUCAUGGACAUGGGUCAGGAGGAUGAGAACACACUGUCCAAGUCUGAUGUGGUUCUGUCCUUUACCCUGGAGGUGGUGAUAAUGGAGGUACAGGGUCUGAAGUCUUUAGCUCCAAACAGGAUUGUGUACUGCACCAUGGAGGUGGAAGGAGGACACAAACUGCAGACAGACCAGGCCGAGGCCUCAAAGCCAACUUGGGGUACUCAGGGUGACUUCACCACCACCCAGCCAUUACCUGCUGUGAAGGUGAAGCUGUUUACUGAGAGCACAGGAGUACUGGCUCUGGAAGAUAAGGAGCUGGGGAGGGUUGUGCUCCACCCGACCCCCAACAGUCCCAAGCAGUCUGAGCUCCAUAAGAUGACGGUGUCUAAAGGCUGCCCAGACAGUGACCUCAAGAUGAAACUGGCCAUUCGUAUGGACAAACCACAGAACAUGAAGCAUUGUGGGUACCUUUGGGCCAUUGGCAAAAAUGUUUGGAAGAGAUGGAAAAAAAGAUUCUUUGUGCUGGUCCAGGUGAGUCAGUAUACCUUUGCCAUGUGCAGCUACAGAGAGAAGAAGGCUGAGCCAGUGGAACUCCUUCAGCUGGAUGGCUACACAGUCGACUACACUGAUCCCCAGCCAGGUCUAGAUGGAGGUCGGACAUUUUUUAAUGCUGUUAAAGAAGGUGACACCGUGAUUUUUGCCAGCGAUGAUGAGCAGGACCGUAUCCUAUGGGUGCAGGCUAUGUACCGGGCCACCGGCCAAUCACACAAGCCAGUUCCUCCCACCCAGGUCCAGAAACUUAACUCAAGGGGGGGCACAGCGCCACAGCUAGAUGCACCUAUUUCUCAAUUCUAUGCUGAUCGUGCGCAGAAGCAUGGCAUGGAUGAGUUUAUUUCAGCCAACCCCUGUAAUUUUGACCAUGCCUCACUAUUUGAGCUGGUACAACGCCUCACCCUCGACCACAGACUCAACGACUCCUACUCCUGCCUGGGCUGGUUCAGUCCCGGUCAGGUGUUUGUCUUGGAUGAGUAUUGUGCUCGAUAUGGAGUUCGAGGCUGCCAUCGGCAUUUAUGUUACCUCAGCGAUCUACUGGAGCGGGCCGAAAAUGGAGCUAUGAUCGACCCCACGCUGCUGCACUACAGCUUCGCCUUCUGUGCCUCCCACGUCCACGGAAACAGGCCUGAUGGCAUUGGAACUGUGACCGUUGAGGAAAAGGAGCGCUUUGAGGAGAUCAAGGAAAGGCUACGGGUGCUUCUGGAAAACCAGAUUACACACUUCAGGUACUGCUUUCCAUUUGGACGGCCAGAAGGAGCACUAAAAGCAACGCUGUCUUUGCUUGAAAGGGUUCUGAUGAAAGAUAUCGUCACCCCGGUCCCACAAGAAGAAGUCAAAGCUGUGAUCCGUAAGUGUCUGGAGCAGGCAGCUCUAGUCAACUACCAGCGCCUUUCAGAGUAUGCCAAACUGGAAGGGAAAAAGAGAGAGAUGUAUGAGCAUCCUGUCUUCUGCUUGGCAUCUCAAGUGAUGGAUUUAACCAUUCAGAAUGUAGGACGGCUAGCCACCCCUGCCAAAAAACUGGAGGACACCAUCCGUCUGUCCGAACUGGUGAUUGAAGUGCUUCAGCAAAAUGAGGAACACCAUGCUGAGGCCUUUGCGUGGUGGUCAGACCUGAUGGUGGAGCAUGCUGAGACCUUCCUGUGUCUCUACUCAGCCGACAUGGAUGCAGCUCUUGAAGUUCAGCCACCUGACAGCUGGGACAGUUUCCCCCUCUUCCAGCUGCUCAAUGACUAUCUGAGGAUGGACUAUAACCUGUGCAAUGGGAAGUUCCAUAAACACCUGCAGGACCUGUAUGCUCCCCUGGUAGUGCGAUAUGUGGACCUGAUGGAGUCCUCAAUUGCACAGUCCAUUCACAGAGGCUUUGAAAAGGAAACUUGGGAACCUGUUAAUAAUGGCUCAGGGACAUCAGAGGAUCUUUUCUGGAAGCUGGAUGCACUUCAGACCUUUAUCAGAGAUCUCCACUGGCCAGAGGAGGAGUUUGGCAAACACCUGGAGACCCGACUGAAGCUGAUGUCCAGUGACAUGAUUGAAUCCUGCGUAAAACGGACACGGGCAGCGUUUGAGGCUAAGCUUCAGAGGAGCAGCCGGGCCACGGACUUCCGCGUGCCGCAGUCCAUCUGCACUAUGUUCAAUGUAAUGGUGGAUGCCAAAGUUCAGUCAGCCAAGCUGUGUGCAGUGGACCUGGGGCAGGAGAGACAAUACCACUCCCAAAUCGACAAUCUAAUUGAAGAGACGGUGAAGGAGAUGAUAACUCUGCUUGUAGCAAAGUUUGUGGUCAUUUUGGAGAGUGUCUUAGCCAAGCUCUCCAGAUAUGAUGAAGGAACGCUCUUCUCUUCCUUCCUGUCUUUUACUGUGAAAGCUGCCUCAAAGUAUGUGGAUGUACCGAAGCCGGGGAUGGAUGUCGCUGAUGGUUAUGUGACAUUUGUCCGUCAUUCCCAGGACAUGCUACGGGAGAAGGUCAAUGAGGAGGUGUACAUUGAAAGACUAUUUGAUCAAUGGUACACCAGCACCAUGAACCUCAUAGGAACAUGGCUGACGGACCGUAUGGACCUGCAGCUCCACGUUUAUCAGCUGAAGAUUCUUAUUAGGAUUGUCAAAAAAAAGUACCGUGACUUCCGCCUUCAAGGGGUGCUGGACUCCACAUUAAACAGUAAGAUGUAUGAAACUGUGAGAAACCGGCUGACCUUGGAAGAAGCCACAGCAUCAGUGAGGGAAGGAGGCAUGCAAGGCAUUUCCAUGAAGGACAGCGAUGAAGAGGAUAAUGAUCACUAG